GUGGGGCCCGCGCCUGGGUGUGCUGCAGCGGGAGGAACCCAGGUCCCGGGCCGAGGCUGCCCCGGGAAUGGUUUUAGUCAGCACAAACAUGGCUGCGGCCCUGCGAUCUGCGGGCGUCCUGCUCCGCGAUCGGCUGGUAUAUGGUGGCUCAAGGGCCUGUCAGCCACGGAGGUGCCAGUCGAGUGCAGCCACAGCAGCAGCUGCCACAGAAACAGCCCAACGUGCCAGAAGCCCCAGACCUCAAGUCCAGCCGGGGAACAGGAAGCCGAAAACUGGAAUAUUAAUGCUGAACAUGGGAGGCCCUGAAACCGUCGGAGAAGUUCACGACUUCCUUCUGAGGCUCUUCUCGGAUCGAGACCUCAUGACACUUCCUGUUCAAAAUAAGCUGGGACCAUUCAUUGCCAAACGCCGAACCCCCAAAAUUCAGGAGCAGUACCGCAGGAUUGGAGGCGGAUCCCCCAUCAAGAUGUGGACUGCUAAGCAAGGGGAAGGCAUGGUGAAGCUGCUGGAUGAGUUGUCCCCGCACACAGCCCCUCACAAAUACUAUAUUGGAUUCCGGUAUGUCCACCCGUUAACAGAAGAAGCAGUUGAAGAGAUGGAGAGAGAUGGGCUGGAAAGGGCGAUUGCUUUCACACAGUACCCACAGUACAGCUGCUCUACCACAGGCAGCAGCUUAAAUGCCAUUUACAGAUACUAUAACGAAGUGGGCAAGAAGCCCACGAUGAAGUGGAGCACGAUUGACAGGUGGCCCACACACCCCCUCCUCAUUCAGUGCUUUGCCGACCACAUUCUGAAAGAACUGGACCAUUUUCCACUUGAGAAGAGACGCGAGGUGGUCAUUCUUUUUUCUGCUCACUCGUUGCCGAUGUCUGUGGUCAACAGAGGGGACCCCUAUCCUCAGGAGGUGGGCGCCACUGUCCAGAGAGUCAUGGAUAAGCUGGGUUACUCCAAUCCCUACAGACUGGUUUGGCAGUCCAAGGUUGGCCCGAUGCCCUGGCUGGGUCCUCUGACAAACGAGGCCAUUAGAGGGCUUUGUGAGAGGGGGAGGAAGAACAUCCUUUUGGUUCCGAUAGCUUUUACCAGCGAUCACAUUGAAACGCUGUAUGAACUGGACAUCGAAUACUCUCAAGUUCUAGCCAGUGAGUGUGGGGUUGAAAACAUCAGAAGAGCAGAGUCUCUUAAUGGAAAUCCACUGUUCUCGAAGGCCCUGGCCGACUUGGUGCACUCACACAUCCAGUCCAACGAGCGCUGCUCCACGCAGCUGACCCUGAGCUGCCCGCUCUGCGUGAAUCCCAUCUGCAGGGAGACCAAGUCCUUCUUCAGCAGCCAGCAGCUGUGACCCCGCCAGAGCGCCGCGGGGAUUUGGCCGGUGCCCAGCCUCCAGACACCUCCAAGGUGGAGGAGGAUGUAUUUAGCAUUAGGGAGGGAGUCACAUUGAUGUGGGCGUAGCCUUUGGCCACAAAUUGUGUACCUUCUUGAGGAAUGGACUCUGAAAUCCUUAUUGAGGGGUAUUUUUAUAGACCAAUACAGUAAGCAUUUAUAGUUCCCCUCUCUGGGUUAAGUUACUAGUUUGGAAUGUCCACUAGGCUAUUUUAAAAAUGAGUUUUAAAAAUUUAUCUUAUGAGAUGCACACGUAUUUUCAAUACCGAUUUUGGUUUUAUUGCCCCCCAAAACCCCUGCAGGGGUACGGAGAGUGCCCUCUGUGGGGCUGUCAGAGUGAGUGAGGUCUGUUUACAAUCUCAUACUUGUUUUUUAAAGUGAACAUAGUUGAGUAAAUGAAAUAUAAUUUGAAAAAAGAAAGGGUACCUGAUCUUUCCGUCAGCCCGUGGGUCACAGGAUGCUGGGCCGGUGAUGUGGUUCCUACAGGGGCUGCUCUUGCCAGUGACGUCACUAGUAAUCGGUCAUUUUGGUCCUUGUAUGUGAACCUCACUUUCCUCACCAUGAAACCGAAUCAAGUGUAGGUUCCAAAAGUGCUUUGAGAUUCCCCGGGCACACAGGGCUGAGAAACGUGUAGCAAUCCCGCAUUUGUCAUCCCCACCUUGGUGGGAAUCGUUGGUGCCACAGGAGAGGGGGGCUGGAAAUGCUAAUGAAGGGCUUCAUGUCCAGAGCUCCUCUCAGGACCUCGUGGACAUUUCCAUCGAGCAUCUUCUUCAUCUUGGUUGAAUGUCCCGUUUCCGCAUAUUUGUUUGAAGAUUUAUUUUAUAAAGUCAAGGAUGUUUGGUAACCUCCAAUUCUUAAUUUACAAUUUUUAUUAUAAAAAUUAUGUAACCGUGCUAUAGGAAAUUUAAAAAAUAGAGAAAAGGAAAAUAACCACUCUAAUGCAACAAAUAUGAUUCAUAUUGUUGUAGUUCAUGUUAGUCUUUUCCUGUGGAUAUCUUAGAUGCCAUUGUAACCUUGAAUUUGUGAGUGAAAAGUUGUCCUAAAAUGUAGAAAUAAUAUAGGAUCAGAGUCAGACCUUCUAUACCUGGAUUUAUAUGGAUUUUAAAAAUCUCUGAUGGAUCCAUAGUGAAUUUGUAAUAAUUACUUUCUCUUUCCUUUAAGCCUUACAACUUUGUUCUUUGAAAGUGCCUUUCUAUUUUUUUUAUUUAAGCCACUGAAAGUAUUAGUGGCGUCAUAGAUCUUCUAUAUUCAGCAUUUACUAUAUUAAUAAAUAUGACAUCAUUAAGGUUUUAACCAGUCUGAUUCAUUCUCUCUGUUAAAUCAAAAGUAAUCCAAAUUCAUUACUAAUCAAAAUUAUUAAAUAAGAGGAAGUUACUUUGUAGUACAAGAAAAGUAACAUGCCAUCCACGUUAGUUAAUAGUUUUCCCACACUGAUAACCGCUCUGAAAUUUGAGUAGCAUCUACACUUUUUUUUUUUCCAAAUUGGCUUUCCUUUUAGUAGAUUGUGUUUCCAGAAGAGGGUACAAGGCAUAGACAGUUGUUUAGAAUUUUCCUCUUCUGUUUCCACGCACUUUGGGGGGACUAGGUUCAAGGUAGGCUUUGAGUGACCUUGGCGGGAUGGCGUAAGGAGCAACUCGUGUGUUAGCCAGAGGGCAGAGUUUAAAGCUGGCGGCCAUAAGAAAGAACUAACAUUUGUGUGUGUACACGUGCGCUGGUGUGUAAGCCUAGAGCCCUUGACUGCACCCUUGGUACUGCAUCUCUAAGCUCUCAACCCAGCCUAUAAAACCCCUUCUGUCGGAUCCUGAAGAUGGCCCAGGAACGUGCUUCCCAACAUUGGGUGGAAAUGGGAAAUUCAUUGAGACGUUGCAAGCUGGAAAAAGAAAAUUCUGAGUUGACCCCAAAACUAGUGUCCUAAAUUAAGGUCGUUCAGUUUCUCCGUCUUAAUAUGGAAAUCCUCAGAGAAAGACAAAAGCUAAUAUUUUCUUUCCUUAUUUCUAAAAAUUAUAAAAUUAAAAACAUUUCAUCAAGGUUGUACCCCAGACUUUGUAAAUAUCAUUCCUAGGAGUGUUGUUCUAAUUGCCUAAUAAUUGAGAUUCCAUUGUAAAAAAAACCCUUCAGUAACUUCUCCCAGUCCAGAUGGCCUUCUGUGACAUUCAGCUUUCUUUUUAUAGAAGCUAGCAUCAUAAGGUUUCAGGGAAUGUACAUCAAAUGAAUUAAGCCUGAAUAUCGGAUGGCUCAGGAAACCUGAAUUCUGCUUAAAUCAUUGCCAGUUGAACUAUCUAAUCAUGUCAUAAUUAUAUUGAAGUUUUAUGUGCUUGCUUUCUAACAUUCCUGGUUAAUUCAAACAGUGGCACCUGAAAACUUGAUCUUUUUUUUUUUUUUGCUAGAUUUCUUCCAGCUGGACAGUUGUGUGGUAUGACUAUUAUCUAACCUUUGCCUUAAAAGGCAUGCUUCUUUUCUUAAUACACUUAUUUUGGAAAGUAUAAAGUGUGCCAAGCCAUAAGGCACCGAGGUGAGUGGUGGGUACCGGUGGGCAGCCCAGAGAAAGAAGCUGAUGCUGCCAGUAUUCGCUGAAUAGCACCAACAUGACAAGCAACAGCAGUGGGCGCCCUUUAGUGGAACCACGGCUCCCAGCGUGAGAUGAGCCUUAGGAGGGCUCUGGGGAGUGGGUGACGUCCAGAGAACACAUUCACAAUCUAGGCUCCCAGGAGAGGAAGAAGUGCUUCUGCUUUUGCUGUGGGAAUCUUAUUAAGCCUUUCAACAGGGAAGAGGAAGUGGAAAACAAAUGCACCCGUGAUAAUCAGUUUCUUACGAUACACUCUGAUAGUGUCCGCUUAAUCGUUUUUAGCAGAAAUCAUUAGCUUCCAUUUUUAGCAUUAACAGCUCCUGGCUAAAUUAGUCUAUGGUAAGCCAUUAGGAGGGAUGUUGGAAUUAAAAACAUCUUUGGAAAAAAGCCUGGUUUGAACCUGUGUUAUAAGCCCUUGGGCAGGAGUCGCCGGGUCCUGUUUCUGGUUGUUUGACAGCUGUCACUCUGAUGUUCCAGGUGCUCUCUCAGCAGCCUGCUCCUGAAAUGAAAUCGCACAGGCCGGCUUUUUUCCUUCCACUCUCCCCAAGGGGUUGAAGCUUUACUUUCCUGACAUAUUAAGAAGUAAUAGAUUUUUACCCUGAGAAUUCAUGAGGUAUUUUUACCUUUUCCUUAUUUAAAAAAAAAUUAUAUACAUGAGAUGGGAUUAACUGCACAGGCAUACAAGCAGGGGCUUGCUGGCCAAUUGUUAAAAUUUCAGGUUGUUACACAUAGCAAUUAUUAAAAGUGUUAUAUCUUACAGUUUAAUUAUAUUUUAAAAAGUAACAAAUACUCAAAAAUCAUUUCCCUAUUAUUUUACUAUAUUUUAUCAUCUUUAUUCUAGAGGUUAUUUAUGUUUAUGAUACCUAUAUGAUGAAAAUACUAUAUAAUGAUGAUGAGCUACUGUACGUUUCCAGCUUUGUUCAGUGACCGUGUUGGUAGCUUGAAAUUGGCUACAGCAGGGCUAUUUACUUUUGGAAAUCAGCAAAUACUACAACUUAGGGCUUCCUUGAUUGUUUUGUUGAUUACCUAGACUUAAAGUGGUGGAAAAAAUGUUCAUACAUAUUAAAAGUUGUCAUGUCUCUAGCCAUUACAUCCUGAAUAGCACAAACAUUUGAGGAAAUAUCCUCCCAUUAUGUGAAAACUAAUAGCCGAUUUAUCCAAGUGAAGUUUUGAUAUACAAAGUUGUUUUACAUUUGUAUUACUCAUUAAUGUAAAUGAAAACACCAGCAUUCGUGUCAGAACUAUAUAGGGCGGCUACAGAUGCGAGAGCUUGAUAAAAGUCAACACAAGCAUUCUUUGAGAAUUAAUUGAUUAUAUGGAAUUUACAGUAAAGAGAAUUAUGUAUUUUAUUAUUACUUGUAAAUUGUGCAUCCUAUAUCUUUUAUACUGGUGAAAGUUAUAAUAAACAUACACACGUGUA